AACUGAAAAUUAAAAAAAAAAAAAAACGAAAGAAGAUAAAAGAAGUGCUUCUCGAAAACAGUUGCAAGGAGCGAUUAUUUUCUCGCGAGAGUUCACAGAUUUGUCAAUAACAUCGCGUGCGCGUCAACCGAUAGAUAUAACAUAUCUUUCGACACGAUAACCCGCGUGACAUUCUUAUUGCCGGAUUUGCUCGACUAGUUUAUGGCGUACAGCGAGCGCAGUAACAUCGUGCGAUCGCUCCGGACGGUUGUAUUGUAUAGGGAACGGAGAAAAUAACGGAUUUUUGCAGGAAUACACAUCAGUCUGAAGAUGGAAGAGCUGUUAAUCAAUCAAACGACUUCUUUGUGCAAUGGGAAUGUAAGAUGUAAUGGGUAUGAAGCAGCUUCAUCGAUGACGAGCAAUAACGAGCCACGGGAAGCGCCGGUGUCGAAUACUCUCGUGUUUUACGUAAACGGGAAGGAGGUAUCGGACAAGGAUGUUGAUCCACAAUGGACGCUCCUGUGGUAUCUUCGCAACAAGCUUCAGUUAACUGGCACAAAACUCGGUUGUGCGGAAGGAGGCUGUGGAGCAUGCACUGUUAUGAUCUCAAAAUUCGACCGCGCCGCCAACAAAAUUAUUCAUAUGGCCGUUAAUGCGUGUUUAACACCAGUAUGUGCUAUGCACGGUUUGGCUGUAACUACUGUGGAAGGUAUUGGUAGCACACGGACAAAGUUGCACCCAGUGCAAGAACGUAUCGCCAAGGCGCACGGAUCGCAAUGUGGCUUUUGCACGCCUGGUAUAGUCAUGUCGAUGUAUGCUCUUUUACGCAGCAUACCGAAGCCGACCAUGGAAAAUUUGGAAGUCGCGUUUCAAGGCAAUCUAUGCAGAUGUACAGGAUACAGACCGAUUAUAGAGGGAUUUAAGACUUUCACGGAGGAAUGGGAGCAGUCGCAACUAAUGGCUAACGUGCGUGAUAAUGAUAAAAACGAUACGAGAGUUUGUUCGUUGGGCGACGCUUGCUGCAAGAGGGCUUUCACGUCGGAACCAACGGAGGUUUUUAAUUCCAAGGAAUUCUGUCCGUAUGAUCCUACUCAGGAACCAAUAUUCCCGCCGAAAUUGAAAAUCGAAUCUAGACUGGAUGAACAAUUUCUGAUAGUGAAAGGGACAAAUGUCACUUGGUACAGACCUACGAUUUUGAAGACGCUGCUCGCUCUCAAAGAUCAGUUUCCGAAUGCUAAAAUCGUUAUUGGCAAUACCGAAAUCGGCGUCGAAGUGAAAUUCAAACAUUUGGUGUAUCCUGUGCUCAUACAACCAAUGCAGAUAAGAGAAAUGCGUGAAAUCGUCGAAACGCAGAGCGCAUUGAAAGUAGGUGCAAGCGUUACCUUGGUAGAGCUUGAAGAAGCAUUGAAACAUCAAAUUAAGAUUAAACCUGAUUAUAGUACAAGAAUUUUCGUGGAGAUAAUAAAUAUGCUACAUUGGUUUGCUGGGAAGCAAAUAAGAAACGUUGCUGCGGUGGGUGGCAACAUAAUGACUGGCAGUCCGAUAUCAGACUUGAAUCCGAUCUUUAUGGCCGCGGGUAUUAAAUUGAAUUUAAGUAGUUUAACACACGGUAACAGAACAAUACUAAUGGACCAUACUUUCUUCGUUGGAUAUCGACGUAAUGUUGUAUUACCUGAGGAAGUGUUAGUAUCCAUCGAUAUUCCUCUCACGAAACAGAAUCAAUACUUUAUUGCCUACAAACAAGCGAAAAGGCGUGACGAUGAUAUCGCCAUAGUCAACAUGGCUCUAAAUGUGUAUUUCGUGCCUGACUCAAGCACAAUUCAGGAAGCUCAUCUUGCAUUUGGUGGAAUGGCACCUACUACUAUUCUAGCAAGGCGGACAUGUCAGAAGAUGAUUGGCAGAAAAUGGAAUAAAUCGAUCUUGGAGGAGGUUUACGAUUCUCUGAUCGAAGAAUUACCGUUAGAAGAUAACGCACCGGGUGGAAUGAUUAAAUAUCGUCUGUCUCUUACACUCAGCUUGUUCUUCAAAGGAUUUGUGCAUAUCUCCAAACAAUUAUCGCAAUAUACUUCCGAUGUGGAAUUUCUGCCGAAGGAACUGGAAAGUGCAUCGGAUUGUUUCCAUUAUAAAGCACCAAAGAGCUCACAAUACUACCAAGUGGUGCCUAAAGGCCAAGAGUCACACAAUUUAUUAGGACGUCCCAUCGUGCAUACUAGUGCAUUUAAGCAAGUAACCGGGGAAGCGCUAUACUGUGACGAUAUGCCAAAGUUUACAGGAGAAUUAUAUCUGGCAUUGGUUCUUUCUACUAGGGCACACGCAAAAAUUCUAAGAGUUGACCCUACCAAGGCACUGUCCAUGGAAGGAGUUGUAUCAUUUUUCUCUGCAAAAGAUAUAGCGGAAGAUAGAAGAUGGAUAGGUCCUGUAUUUCACGAUGAGGAAAUAUUUGUGUCGGAAAAGGUUACCAGCAAUGGUCAAAUCAUUGGUGCGAUUGUUGCUAUUGAUCAAAGCAUUGCUCAAGCCGCGGCAAGAAUGGUUAAAGUAGAAUAUGAAAAUAUAGAACCCAUUAUCAUAUCUCUCGAGGAUGCCAUUAAGUACAAAUCAUUCUUUCCUAAUUGUCCAAAGCGCAUUAUCAAAGGCAAUGCGGAGAAAGCUUUUGCGGAAGCGGACCAUGUUUUAGAAGGAGAAGUACGAAUAGGCGGCCAGGAACAUUUUUACUUGGAAACACACGCUGCUAUCGCUGUACCUCGCGAUGGGGACGAAUUGGAAGUGUUCUGUUCCACGCAGCAUCCCACCGAGAUACAAAAAUUGAUUGCCCACGUUCUAAAUAUACAUAUAAACAGAGUUAACGUCCGUGUUAAGCGCUUAGGCGGCGGAUUUGGCGGGAAAGAAUCCCGUCCGGUGUUACUCGCAAUACCAGUGGCAUUCGCAGCACAUAAAUUGCAGAAGCCAGUUCGUUGUAUGUUAGACAGAGAUGAAGACAUGAUGGUAAGUGGAACACGGCACCCAUUUUUAUUCAGAUACAAGGUUGGAUUUAAUAAUAAUGGUUUGAUUAAAGUGGUGGCAGUACACAUAUACAGUAAUGCAGGUUACUCUCAUGAUUUGUCAAUAGCGGUAUUAGAACGUGCUAUGUUCCACUUUGAAAAUGCAUACAAAAUCCCAGUGUCAGAAGUGUACGGAUACGCUUGUAAGACGAAUUUACCGUCGAAUACAGCUUUCCGAGGCUUUGGCGGGCCACAAGGAAUGUUUGUGGCUGAAAAUAUUAUCCGACAAAUUGCUAAUUAUUUGCAAAAGGAUGUCGUGAAGUUGUCCAAGUUAAAUUUGUAUAAAGAAGGCGACGUAACGCAUUAUAAUCAACAACUUCUCAAUUGCACUUUGGAUCGUUGCUGGAACGAAUGCCUAGCAUCAUCCUGUUAUAAUGAAAGAUUAGCUGAGGUCCAACGUUAUAAUAAAGAGAAUCGAUUCAAAAAAAGAGGUAUUGCCAUUGUACCUACGAAGUUUGGUAUAGCAUUUACUGUACUGUUUUUGAAUCAAGGCGGUGCCCUUGUACACAUCUAUACCGACGGCUCCGUUUUAAUAAGUCACGGUGGCGUUGAAAUGGGACAAGGUCUACAUACAAAAAUGAUUCAGGUUGCCAGCAAAGUGUUAAAAGUAAGCCCGGAUAAGAUACACAUAGUGGAAACGGCUACAGAUAAGGUGCCGAAUACAUCCGCUACCGCGGCGAGUGCUGGAUCCGAUCUUAAUGGCAUGGCUAUUAUGAACGCGUGCAAAGAGAUCAUGAAACGACUGCAAUCAAUAAUAGACAGCAAUCCGGAUAGCACUUGGGAAGAUUGGAUAAAGACAGCGUACUUACAGAGGAUAAGCCUGUCUGCUACCGGUUUCUAUCAAACGCCCAAUAUCGGCUAUUCUUUCGAGACUAAUGCGGGAGCACCGUUUAAUUAUUUUACAUACGGCGUCGCUUGUACGGAAGUUGAAAUCGACUGUCUCACCGGCGAUCACGAGGUUCUACGAACCGACAUCGUCAUGGAUUUGGGCGAAAGUUUAAAUCCAGCUAUCGAUAUAGGACAGGUUGAAGGCGCCUUCAUCCAAGGAUACGGCUUAUUCACAAUAGAGGAAAUGAUCUAUUCACCAACAGGGGUUUUAUUCAGUAGAGGACCUGGCGCGUAUAAGCUACCAGGUUUCACUGAUAUACCAAAGGAAUUUAACGUUUCCUUGUUAAAAGGUGUUUCCAAUCCGAGAGCGGUAUAUUCUUCAAAGGCUGUCGGUGAGCCGCCGCUAUUUCUGGCAUCGUCCGUAUUCUUCGCCAUCAAAGAAGCAAUUCAGGCUGCGCGUAAAGAUAUGAAUAUUCACGAUUAUUUCAGAUUAGAUGCUCCUGCAACUUCCGCACAUAUACGCAACGCAUGCAUAGACAAUUUGACAAUGAAGAUUAAAGAACCUGAUUUGAAGAAACAGUGGAAUAUGGUGCCAUGAUAGAAUCCCUGAGACAGAUUCUUGAUUUUGCAGUUAUUUUUAUAUUGAAAUAAAGACAUAUUGAAAAUAUAUCUGUAUAUUCGCAUUUUUAGCAAAGUAAAUAAUAAUUUUCGAAAUAUAUUAUCAAUAGUAGAAACUACUAUAUACAUGUUAUUAAGUAACAAAAAAAGUUUGUGUGGUUUGUAACAUAAAAAGAAUAAAGUGCUGAUGCUCAAAAUUAAAA